CAUCCUCUGGGAUGAUACUAUGUCUCAUGUGAGAGUAUUAUAUAACACAAAUCAGGCCCGUGGCAGAGGAGAAAUCACGCUUGCAUGGUGUUCUUAAAGAGACUAAUAACCAGGCUGUAAGUGCUGGCCGCGAUGAUGACGUUUCUCUGAUGCAGCCGCUGAAAUGAGUCUUGGGACUAAAGGAGUUCUGGGGAGGUUUAGUGGGUCCCAGCAAACCAAAAAUGUUCAUGUCCUGGUGUAGAAAUGAUUAAAUUCAACGCACUGCAUACAAUUGAUGAUGAUAAUCAUGCUGCAGUGAAGGAUUAUAUUAAUUGUUGAUGAUUUUCUUGAUUGAUCGAGAGGUUGUUGGGUCUAGAAAGGGUGAGAAAACGGUGACAAAUGCCCAAGAUGACGUCCUCAAACGUCUGGUUUUCUUCACAACCCCAAAUAUUUACCCAAGUGAAUUCUUUUAUGAUCAGAAUGGCACUCGGUCUCUGCAGCUCUAAUAUGAUAACUACUGUGUUGUCUAUAUGUAAUAAGCGACGCGGGACAGCCCUGACUCUUCACAUCUGGCUGCACAGUGCCUGCAGUGCACUCUUUUACCCCACACUGCUUCAGUUGGGUACAACAACAAACGCGCCUGCUCUGAUGCGCGCUCCCUCAGUCCGCGGGGGCGCGCACCUAACUUGCAGCAGCCCUGGCCGCAGAGAGGACUCGGGACGCUCAUCACCGCGCCGUGGACUUACCUAACCCCAUUUAGUUCAGCCUGUUCUGCGUUAGACAACACCGGCUCCCAUCGAUCGGAGUCACAGUCACCUGUUGGCCGGCAGCGGAGCGGAGGGUUUCACCGGCGAUGUGAGCUGCAGGAUCUGUACCCAGAUCUGCUUUCCUCCAGGUUGUCUCCGUCCUCCUCUCGGCAUGCUCGGCAGGCAGACCCAAAGCACAGCCGGUGGACUCAGCCGUCAAGAUGAACGUCUUCAUACCCUUCCGAAGUUUUUCCAGAGACUACGGAGGCAUCAUGUCGGCCCUGGGCUCGGACUCCUGGUGGAAGAAGACCCUGUACAUCACCGGGGGGGCGCUGCUGGCUGCUGCAGCCUACCUACUGCAUGAACUGCUCGCCAUCAGGAAGGAGCAGGAGUUGGACUCUAAAGACGCCAUCAUCCUCCAUCAGUUCUCCAGGCCAAAGAACGGCGUGCCCAGCCUCUCACCCUUCUGCCUCAAAAUAGAGACGUACCUGCGCAUGGUGGACCUGCCCUACCAGAACUACUUCGAUGGGAAGCUGUCGCCGCAGGGUAAGAUGCCCUGGAUGGAGUACAACCACGAGCAGGCGUCAGGGUCCGAGUUCAUCGUGGACUUCCUGGAGGAGAAGCUGGGCGUCAACCUCAACAAGAACCUCACCCCACAGGAGAGAGCCGUGUCCCGAGCUGUCACCAAAAUGGUCGAGGAGCACCUCUACUGGACGAUAGCCUACUGUCAGUGGGUGGACAACCUGGAGGAAACUCAGAAGCUCCUGGCGAUGAGCGGCCCUCUGAGCGACACACUGAAGUGGCUGCUGAGCCACCUGAACGGCAGCAUGGUGCGCAGGGAGAUGUACGGCCACGGCAUCGGACGCUUCUCCAAGGAGGAGGUCUACGCCCUGAUGGAGAAGGACAUGAGGACGCUGGCCACACUGCUGGGAGAUAAGAAGUACUUUAUGGGCUCUAAGAUUUCAACUUUAGACGCCACGGUGUUUGGGCAUCUAGCCCAGGCCAUGUGGACUCUGCCUGGGACACGGCCAGAGCAACUCAUCAAAGGAGAGCUGAUCAACUUGGCCAUGUUCUGCGAGCGGAUGCGGAGGAGAUUCUGGCCCGAGUGGUUUGUGGAGGUGGAGGAUCUUUACUAUGACGGAGACACUGAGAGCAGCAGCGGCGGAUCCCCCACAGGUCUGCUGGACUUUGGCCUCUUCUCCAGGACUGACACUCUGGAGGAGAGCGACGGCAGCAGCCACUCGGCCGGCGGACACUCACACACACACUCUCCCGACUCUGACCACUCGCUCUUUGACUCCGACGUCGGCACGGGAUCCGACAAUGACACUCAGCUAAAGGAGGACCUAAUGCCCGACCUGGAGGUUUGACCCAAGAAUGGCCGCGACUGGCUUGAUAGAUUGAGACUGACACGUGGCGGGAAAAGUUGUGUCAGUUAGCUCGACGGCUCGGCAGUCUGGACAGGUGAGCCAGACAAAAGCUCUCACAGCUGAUGAAACUAUUCCAGCCCCUCCACCCUCAAUACUCCAAAUGAUACACCCUCCCGCUGAGACUGGGUAUUAAUAUGCAGAGCAUUCAAACUGAACCUCAUAACACACAUGCUACUGUAUAGAUUGUCCCCUCCUGUAACGUCAGAGCUGUCCCCCGUGGCAGUUUCUCUUUGCCUUAUUUGUCUCGUCCCAAGACACAGAAGCUGCUGUUGUGAAAGGUUAACACAAAGGAAAGAUCUCAUCUGGCGAAAAGUGCGGAGAUUACAGGAGAGUGUCGUCGACGAGACAGGUGGCACUUCACUUGCUAUGAAACGAUGCAACUAAUCACCACUCUGCCAUGUGUCUUAACGCACAAAAACCCGUUCGAACAGGUGUAGAUUGAUCACGUGGCUAAAAGGAACAGCUGCCGUGUCUCGGCUGUUAACCAUCCACAUGCCGGAGAGGAAGCGCAGAUGACACCGAGCGCCGGUCCAUGCUCUAGACUGAUCCUCGCGUCAUUUCCUUCACGCUACUGUAUGUGGGAAGUAUCCGUGUCAGAACGUGAUGUUAUGUCUCCAUCAGACCACAGCCCUUAGGUGUACAUGUAGUCCUAUGGAAGGGAAGUCGGAUGAAGAGACGAGCAGAUUUGUGCCUGUUCCGUUUACUUAAUUCUCUCCAUGUAGUAAUUAUUUGUUUUGCACUUUGUUAGUGGUGAAGUUGGAGCUUCCAAUCAUUCAUUUUAGCAACUCUUUGGUAUGAGCUGUCGUUUGUAUUUUUGACCACUAGAUGGAGUCAGCAGCCUCCUUUGUUCUGUAACAUCAAGGUCAUUCCACCCUGAUGACCUGCAGUCGUGGUUUCUCCUUCAGCCCUAAACUUUAAUAUUGUGGUUCCCAUACAUAGGUAACCUGUCAGUGUGUGUGUGUGUAGGUGUGACGUGUGUGAGCUGCAACAAAUCAGCCUUAGUUCUUUCAGACUAGAGUGGGUGGAAAUGGUCUGAAGCAGUUUUUGUUGUGAUAUAAUUUGUAAUCAGUGCCACUUCUUGAUUAUUAUUUCUAAAAUGUUCUUAUGUGUCAAAUUUAUAUUUAUUUUGUUAACCUUUGUUUUUCUAUUUGCUCUCAAAGAGAGAAGUUAUUUUUGCACUAGUGGAAAUUUAUUUUCACCUUAUUUAAAUCGGAGCAGUCUGCUUUGCAGGUGGAGGAUGGUAUGGGACCAAAUGAAUGGGAAUCAUAAAUGUGUAUAUCGGUAAUACAGGACGCUGAGUGUUCUGGUGAUGAUUGUGCUGGGAGGGGACUGCCCUGCUUAUGUUGGCUGUGUGUGUGAAUAUCACUGGGUGUGAAUGUCAUAAAUGAAGCAUUUGAUGAAGAAAGACUUUGCGGAGAUAGACAGGAUACCAAAUCAACAGAACUUAUCGUCGUUAGUAUAAAAACCUUGGGUUUAAAAUGGACCAAAAUGUCUCUGGGAGUGUUUUGUCUGUCUUGUUAAGCAUAGUUAAGCACGUAAGCAAGUGCUCAUAAUGGCAAUAUGAUUGCUGUAAAAAGAUUGUGGUGCAUAUAGAGUAGCGUUGACUCAAGUUAAAGGGUCAGUUCACCCAAAAUACAACAACAACAAAACAUUUUCUCACUUACAUAUAGUGGUCUUUAGCCAUGCUGAUUUGUACAUGUGUCUGCCUCCAUACAGUAAACGGUGGUGGAAUUUUCUUUAUGGUGCUCAUACUGUGGUGUUGACAAUAGACCCCAACAUCUCAACAUCAACAACCCACAGAAACUGUCGUCUGUCGUCAUAUGGGCUAUUUCUUUGGUAGAAAUGAGUUCCAAUAAGAAAUAAAAAUAUCAAGUUCAAGCAAGUGACAAUUAACACUGAAACCAUUCAAAAACAUUUGGAACACCAUGUGUAUGGCAUAAUCCUAAACUGCCUUGUUAAAUUUGCAUUCUGUUUACUUGUGGCGCCCUCGUCAAUGACAAGCUAACAUGGCUUCAGAUUUACCAAUGGUACUUUAAAGUAGUUUUACAAAGGUAACAAACAGCCUCACUUUAUCUAUAAUUUUCCAUCAUGCUGUCAAAUCUAAAAAGCUUUUUCUUAACACUUGAAAAAAAAGUGGCAACCAGGUGUUUGGAGAUUUCUUCCAGACUCUAUGAAAUGACUUAAAGCUGCUGUAAUCAGUACUUUUUAUAUGAAAUCAAAUGACAGUGUGUAGUGGUGGUGAGUGGUUUCUUAGCGAUGAACUCACAGAGAAUUUUUACUCUACACUGCAGAUUCUCUCAGCUCUAAGGAGCAUUUUGGAGUCUUCUUUUACUUCGGUUUCACAGCCCACAGCUUAUCUGGUUUGGUGCACUCCCAACACUGUCAUCAGUUUCAUUUUUAGACCCCAAAAAACUCAAUUGUACACUUUAUGGCAUCAGACAAAGUUACCUACUAGCCGGUGAGCAUAGCAUCACAGCUACCAUUUAACUGCCUGGGAGAGAGAUAUUUCCCUCAGGAGCUGGGGAACGCUAAAAGGCAGAGCAAAGUAUUGCAUUCACAUUCAUCAGAUGGCCAGAAACACGACCCUUAAUGAACACUAGUGUCGCUCUGUGUCUGCUGGAUGUGUAAACAAGCAGCUCUUUGCAAAAAAAAAAAAAAAAAUCUGUUAAUGCAGCUUUAGAUGUCACCUUUCAAGGCAGUGAGCACCAUAAAGUCAUAUUCACCUUCACUGCAUUUGGAUGGAGACACAAAACCAAAACUAUCUCCUGGUAAUCGAGAAGAUAUGUAAAGAAAUAUUUGUCGUGUUUUUUUGUUUGUUUGUUGCAUUUUUGAUGAGGUGACCCUUCAAAUGAAGACAGAUAGAUGAGUUAGAAACAGAAGGCCAGAGUUGAUCCAGCAAUGGGACUCUUGAGACAAACCUUCUUCCAUCAUGUUGUCCUGUGGUUCACAUCCUGACCCACCCCGGCCCGGGUUAGGGUGCUUUUCGGUCGCCUCAUCCGGGCUGCGCCUCAUAUACAGUUGGACUACUUUAAUCAAGCCAUAUUAAAAACAAAAUGUCUUGUUAUUGGAACCAUGUCAUAGCAUUACUGGGUAAUGUAAAUACUGUAUGUGUGACAAAGUGUACCAUACUGUAUGUAGAGCUGACUGACUGACUGACCAAACUACCUACAUGGCUGUGCAGUCAUGAAACGGGAGCGACUGGAUGAUUUCAAUAAAGAAUAGCUGUGACAAUUUUAAA